UCCCCUCGGCCCGGCACUGGGCGGACGCGGGCGGCGCGGGGCGGGCGCUGCGGCCCGGGGCUAGCCGGGAGACCUUUCCACGUUUGCAUCGCCGCGGCGCGCCCAGCCUUGCCCCUCGCCUCCCCUGUCCAGGCCGCGCGAUGGCUUUCGGGGCCCGGGGCUGGCGGCGCCGGUCACUGCUCCUGUUGCUGCUCUGGGUGACCGGGCAGGCGGCCCCGGUGUUGGGCCUGGCUGUGAGCUCGGAACUUCAGAUCCAGCGGAGCUUCGUGCCUGAUGAGUGUCCACGCACGGUGCGCACUGGCGACUUCGUGCGCUACCACUACGUGGGGACUUUCCUCGACGGUCAGAAGUUCGACUCCAGCUAUGACAGGGACUCUACCUUCAAUGUGUUUGUGGGAAAAGGUCAGCUGAUCGCAGGGAUGGACCAAGCUCUUGUUGGGAUGUGUGUAAACGAGAGGCGUUUUGUGACGAUUCCCCCAAACCUUGCCUACGGAAGUGAAGGAGUUUCUGGUGUGAUCCCUCCAAACUCAGUUCUUCAUUUUGAUGUACUCUUGGUGGAUAUUUGGAAUUCUGAAGACCAGGUUCAGAUCCGGACCUACUUCAAGCCCCCCAGUUGCCCUCGGACUAUCGAAGUUUCUGAUUUUGUGAGGUACCACUACAACGGAACAUUCUUGGAUGGGACACUGUUUGAUUCCAGCCAUAAUCGCAUGAAAACCUAUGACACAUACGUGGGGAUUGGAUGGCUGAUCCCUGGAAUGGACAAAGGGCUGCUGGGCAUGUGUGUCGGGGAGAAGCGCAUCAUCACCAUCCCCCCUUUUCUGGCCUAUGGGGAGGAGGGAGAUGGAAAAGACAUCCCUGGGCAGGCGUCCCUAGUCUUUGAUGUUGCAUUAUUGGACCUCCAUAACCCCAAGGAUACCAUUUCCAUUGAGAAUAAGGUCAUCCCUGAGAACUGUGAGAGGAGGAGUCAGAGUGGGGACUUCCUCAGGUAUCAUUACAAUGGCACACUUCUGGAUGGCACUCUCUUUGACUCCAGCUAUUCACGGAACCACACCUUUGACACAUACAUUGGGCAGGGCUAUGUGAUUCCUGGGAUGGAUGAAGGCUUACUUGGUGUCUGCAUUGGAGAGAGGCGAAGGAUUGUGGUCCCUCCUCACCUGGGCUAUGGUGAAGAAGGAAGAGGGAGCAUUCCUGGCUCAGCUGUGCUGGUGUUUGACAUCCACGUGAUUGACUUUCACAACCCUUCGGAUUCCAUCAGCAUCACUUCCCACUACAAGCCUCCAGACUGCUCGGUGCUGAGUAAGAAGGGGGAUUACCUCAAAUACCACUACAACGCCUCACUCCUGGACGGGACUCUGCUGGACUCCACGUGGAAUUUAGGCAAAACUUAUAACAUUGUGUUGGGGUCUGGACAAGUCGUGCUGGGGAUGGACAUGGGUCUCAGAGAGAUGUGCGUGGGAGAGAAGCGAACAGUGAUCAUCCCGCCUCACCUGGGCUAUGGAGAAGCUGGUGUGGAUGGAGAGGUCCCUGGCAGUGCCGUCCUAGUGUUUGACAUCGAGCUGCUGGAGCUUGUGUCUGGCCUUCCGGAGGGGUACAUGUUCAUAUGGAACGGUGAAGUGUCUCCCAACCUCUUUGAAGAAAUCGACAGGGAUGGCAACGGGGAAGUCCUCCUGGAGGAGUUCUCAGAGUACAUUCAUGCCCAAGUGGCAACAGGCAAAGGGAAGCUGGCUCCUGGUUUUAAUGCUGAAAUGAUCGUGAAGAACAUGUUCACCAACCAGGACCGGAAUGGAGAUGGGAAGGUCACGGCUGAGGAAUUUAAACUGAAGGAUCAGGAAGCCAAACAUGAUGAACUGUAAGCCUGACCACGGACCAGUGUGUGCCAAGGAGUGCAUGACACCAAGCGACCUGUCAUGGCGGAGCAUGCUGUCAAGGUGUGAAGAUUUCUAGGAAGGUUUGAGAGUAGCCAGAAUUAGGUGGGCCAUGUAGUACCUGGUGCAGAGAGUGGGGGUGGCUGAUGCCCACGGUGAGAACUUGGGUGGAUUUCCAGUGACAGUAAAGAGAAUCUGCACAGUGCGCCUUGGCAUGGGAAAGUCUGCAGCUCUAAUUGUAUUUGUGAGUCUUCUCGGAGGUUGUGUUAAUUAAAGGAAAAUUAUUUCAUAGAAGAUGUAGCUGUCAUGGAGGAAACAGAAGUACCCAGGUGUCUACCUAAAGAAACGAUUUGUUUUAAAAAUCUUGCUGGUGCCUAAAAAAAUGUUCACCAUGGGCAGAAAGAUAAAGGGCACACAUGUUCCAGCAAGAGUCCUUGGCAGCAGCCAUUGCUCUUCUCGGUGUUCUGCACAAGCUCUGGUGAUACCAGGCCCUGUGCGACAGCCACCCCGCCACCUUCCCUACAAAUCUCCAUUUUCAUGCUUUCCAGUUCACUUUCUACACUGGCAGCCCUCCAACUGGUAGUGUCUGUCACUUAAAGGAGUCUCCUGGACCGGAAAAACACAGAUCAAAUGGAAGCUGCCUUAGCCCAUGAGUAGAGGAUUUGACCUGCAUUUGCUACAUAGGAUUGGCUUUCUCUCCUUCUCUACUCGAUUCCUUUGGGUAGAUACAUGAUGGCUGGGUCUCACUGGUUAGCCAACAGAAAAUUUUACUGUGACUAAAGUGGAUGUGUUAUCCCAACAAAUGAAGGUGAAAUUAUCUGCCCCCCAUUUGUGUCUUGGAGGGCAAUUUGAGGUCUCCUGCUGUAGAAAAGGCUAGCCCAUUCCCACUCCAUGUGGUAGCCAUGCUCCUACCUUAUGUCCUCUGUUCCCAAUGGUGUUGGCACUCACUCUGAAGUAAUCAGGACGUUUCCAUUUUUUUUUUAAAACAAAGUUAAAACUGUUUUGUACUGAUGUUGCCCUGAGAUAUCUCAUGCAAAUGCUGUGCACUCAUUCAGUGGAAUUAUAGUUGGAAAACUGACUUCUUUUUUUCUUAUAUAAAAUGUUGAAUCAUA